UUUUUUUUUCAAGUUCAAGCAUUGAUUCAAAUUAAUGAUCAUUAUGAAUAUCCUCUGCAACUGGACCUUGAUCGGUAUAUUGGAAAAAAAUUGUUGCCUGAAGCAGAUCAGAGUGUUCGUAACCUUUAUACACUUCACAGUGUUUUGGUUCAUGGCACUCGGGGGAAUGAUGGACCUUAUUAUGCUGUUAUCAGGCCAACUCUGUCUGAUCAAUGGUUCAAGUUUCAUGAUGAGCGGGUAACAAAAGAAGAAAUGAAGUUGGCCUUGGAAGAGCAGUAUGGUGUAGAGGAAAUGAUAAGUCAUGGCUUCAGCAACACUUUUUAUGAUCUGAUGAAAUACACCAAUGCCUACAUGCUUGUCUAUAUACGUGAAAGUGAGAAGGAAAAUUUAUUUUUUGAAGUCGUUAAGGGCGACAUAGCUGAACACCUUAUUGAAGGAUACUUUUCGUGGAACAAAGAACUGAAAGAAAAGGAGCGUAAGAAAAGAGAAAAGGCAGAGGGUCAUAUUUAUACAAGCAUAAAGGUUGCACGAGAUGAGGAUCUUGUUGAGCAGAUUGGGAGGAGGGGUUUUUAUUUUGAUCUGGUGGAUCAUGAUAAAGUUCGGAGCUACCGUGUUAAAAAACAAAUGCAUUUUAUCCUUUUCAAGGUAUACAGUGCACUUUCCAAUUUGAUAGUCAUCGCUCUUCUGUUUCCACCUCCUGAUCUCAGAUGGCUUUGCACUUGUGCUUCUGUCUUCUUGUCCCGAAUAUUUCUUGGAGUGACUGUUCACCUUAUGAUUCAGGAAAUGGUUGUUGAAGAGUUUUGCAUUCAGGUGCAGAACCUGCGCUUUUGGCUGUGGGAUAAGCGUCAAAACAAUACCUAUCGUCCAAGCAGGCCAUUGACUUGUCAGGAAGAGCAACAAACGGUUGGACAGCUGAGCGAGGUUUCAAAUGAAACGCAUAGUGCGGGACUCAAAUUAUUCUUGGAAAUGGAGCUUGGGCCAGUAAAUGAUAUGCUUCCUCUUCCUCUUCCUCCACCGGACAAGACAAAAGACAAUAUUUUGCUUUUCUUCAAGUUGUAUGACUUUGAGAUAGGAAAGCUCCGGUAUGUUGGAAGGCUUUUUGUUAAGGGUAUUGAUAAGCCUGUAGAUAUCCUACCAAAAUUAAAUGAAAUGGCUGGAUUUGACCCUAGUGAAGAAAUUGAACUUUAUGAGGAAAUUGAGUUCCAGCCUAGUGUCAAGUGUGAACACAUUGACAAGAAACUCACCUUUCGAUCUAGACAGAUGGAAGAUGGGGGCAUUAUUUGUUUUCAGAAGUCUAAAUCUGGUGGUACUAGAAAUCGCAAAUAUCUUGAUGUUCCGUCAUUUUUGGAAUAUGUACAUGAUCUCCUGGUUAUUCGAUUCCGAAAACUAGAGGAACCAAAUGAAGAUGAUUUUAUUCUAGAGCUGCCAAAGCUUUCCACAUAUGAGGAUAUUGUCAAAAUUGUUGAUGACCAACUAAAUUUGAAUGAUACAUCAAGAAUUAGGCUCACAUCCCACGAUGGUUUCGACCAAAGUCCGUAUUUCGAACCGAUAGUGUACUGGCAGAUGGAGCAUUUAUCAAACAUGCUGGUCGAUGGCCAUCAGGCUGUGGAUAUCUUGUAUUAUGAAGUAUUGCCUCAAUUGGAAGGUUUGCAAACUGAGACAAUUGUUUCUCAUUCGGGCGUAACAGAUGAGGUGAAUAACUUUGCCAUACCUGAAGAGGUAGAGUACAUUUAUAAUUGCUGCCCGUUGCCACUACAAAACGAGGAGAAUCCUGAAGAAGGGAAAAACCUUGGUCAUCAGAUUCGCUUAAUUCAUAUCUUCCACUUCACAAGGGAUACAUCCCAAAACCAGAUGUUCUUUGAGUACUUUGGAGUGCCCUUUUCCUUGAUCAUUCAUGAAGGUGAGACAUUGGCCAAAAUUAAAGAGCGUAUACAGAUGAAUUGGCAGUUUCCAGAGGAGAAGUUUGUUAAGUGGAACUUUGCAUUUAUUCCAUCGGCUGGCCCCAUAUUUCGUCGAGUUCUUAAAGAUAAUGACAUUGUAUCCAGUCAUUUUCAGAUAACAGAUACCCAUGGACCAUGGAUGCAACACCUUGGGCUGGAGCACUCUUACAGGACUCCUAAUAGGGAUUAUGAUGCGGAUACAAUGGUUUGGAAAUGCCCACGCCCUAAGGGGAACCCAUAUGGAGAUGAAUUUGGCACUAAUUUUUAUCAACAGCUGUCUUUCUCUCUCUCUCUGUCUAUCUCUAUUUUCUCUCUCGCCUCACUAUUCUCAUAUCUAUUCUGAUAUUUUCUGUAUAUUCUUCCUCUUCGAAUCUUAUUUUCAGAUCUAGGCAUAUGAAGGCCUCUUCAUAGGCGAUUCAAAUUUCUUUAGAGCCCAAACUUGAAAGCCAUUUUUUCUUUUUUUUUCCUGAUCAAAAACUAUCUUAAAUUAGAACAGAAACAGAUGUACAUUUGAUUACACUGACAUAUUUCCACCAUUGCCUUGGCUAUCCUAUCAGCCACUGGAGUUAUGGAUCAAUUUUUCUUUAUAAAGACUGCAGAUUGGAAACAUUUAACAA